AUGCUGUCCAAAACUUUAUUCAUCAUCGCCUCUGCCACACUGGCUAGCUGUCAACUCGAUCUGUCAUCAGUUCCCUUAGCUACAAGAGAGGCUUGGUGUAACUCUCAAACAUCCGCCUGCCCCCUGCUUUGCCUACAGAUAUCCGGAGCAUCUGGCUCGCCAACAUCCAACAACUGCUCAGCUACCACACUCGACUAUGACUGUUUAUGUAGCAAUGGUGUAACUCCCAACGCCACGGAAUACUCCCAGACGAUUCCUUACUACACCUGCACCGAGGCCAACAACCAAUGUGUCGCCAAAUGCAAUGGCGAUUCAAACUGUCAAUAUGAUUGCCGCACAAAGAAUCCCUGUGGUGCUCAAGACCCGAAGCGGGUCAAUGCAACCAAUACUACCGCCACAGCUGCUGCAACUACAGCAACACAAACGCCGCUUAAUACGGGCUCAACCGGUGCCGCCCCACGAAUGGCUGACAUGAGCCAUGUCUAUGGGCUCUGUGUUGUGGUCGGCGGAGUUGUCGCCGGUAUGGCUACCUUGCUGUAA